AUGUCAUAUCAGCUCAAUAGCCAACAAGUUCAUGUAGGAUCCCGAGAGCCUCCACCACCUAUAAUUAAACCACAACCACUACCUCCACCUUUGCCAGGUCCCUUACCACUCCCAGUGGCCGCUACACCGAUUCCACCACCGGGUCCAAUUCACCCUCCUCAAAUGGCGCAGUCACCACCACCUCAAGGAGUGGCACCGUUGCCCCAUGGCAUUCAGCCAUUGCCCCCCGCGGCAAACCCACUGCUAGGUCGUCCGCUGGCACCAGAGCCAAAGUCUGGGUCAGACCGUGUGCUUAGGCCUCCACCCAUACCAUUAGCGGCUCCUCAGCCUAUACCGGCGCCACCACAGAAACCACCCCCACUGGUGCCACCACCGAAAGCAGCUUCUCCUCAGAUGCUUGCACCCACGCCAAAGCUAUCACCUCCUGCUCCCAAACAAGUAAUGCCAUCUCCUGGACCAGAGACUCCACAGAACAUUGCAUCCCCUGCACCUCAAGGCGGCACGCCCGUAGGCGCAGCGGUCGGUAGAAGUGCCCCAAACACACCUAUAGGUGGAACGCCUGCGGUCUCUGCACGAUCAGUACAAGCGGUGGAGUUUAUUCCAGCAACAGAGUACGUGGACGUGUCCAGAGUAUGGAUACGCCUUCUACAGCUGCUACUUCUUUGCGAAUUGCUCUUCCAUCUGGUGGCAGUAUCAUCUGGAAUAGAGCUUGCAGAGCUAUUCUCUGUCUUCAAGAAAACGCUCACCAAUCAAACAUCAACAGCUGCGCUCGUCGCUCCUGUAGCCCUAGCACUGGCAGCUAUCCUGACAAUCCGCACAAUAUACGGUGCCUUCGCAAUAAAGAUCAAAAGCUUAAACGCUGAUUUGGUUCUCUGCGCAAAACAGAUGCUGGCGGAGCUUAAAGAAUGGCAACGCAAUGUUGAAGCGAAAACGGGAACGAGACAGCCAAAUUAUGGACGUCAGUAG